GCCCACAGUGAAAAUUUCAACUUUCCACUGAAAACACACAUCUCGAGAAAUGGUUCGCGGAAAAUAGCAAAUUUUUGCUUUAAUUUGCUCGAUAAAAUUUGUUCCUAUUUAUAAAAAAAAAUUCCAACUAAAGAUUAUCUCCUCCAGUUUUCGGUCUCUGUUAAAAAUAGCUUAAAGUGAAUUUAAAAAAAAAUGUCUGGAUUUUUUUUCAAAAUCCAUGACAUAUUUUUACAAUCUUUCUCACUAAAACAGCUAUAAACACACGAAAUCCCUCUGCAUCGCUGAAAAGUGGCGAAAAAAAAAGUGAACCAUAAGAAAAUAUACGACGACACGACGUAUUCGACAAAAAAAAAUAACAAUUCCGGAAACAAGAAGUUUUCAAGUCAAAAAUUAUGCCAACUUGAGUUGAGUUGAGUACAGUGAGUGCGUGUGUGAAUAUUACAUCACAAAACACAAAGUAUCUGGUGUUUUCAUUUUUUUUUUUUGAAGAGGAGAGAUAAUCUUUCUGACGCCUUGAAUUACUGCGGUCCGACUAAGCGACGCGAAACUAUCCGAAAACCCCAUUUUUUUUUAGUGUGGGUCAACCCGGUAUAGUGGGUGUUGGGAUUAACAUUAAGCAUUUGUUUACCAGCUAAUUUGACGACGACACUAUGGAAAGUGCCCAGGCAACAACUUAUGAACCCCUCGAAGGACGUAGAGUAAAUCAUCACGAACCGAUGGAUAGUCCAGAAAUCGAUGUCGGUCCACCCAAGGACAGGAAACAUGUAGUCUACUUGGCGCUACUCGCUGCUGGAAUUGGAUUCGUUUUGCCCUAUAAUAGCUUCAUCAUAGCUGCAGAUUAUUGGCAAGCCCGCUUUCCCGGACGCUCAGUUGCCCUGGACAUGUCCAUGACCUACAUAAUUGUAGCCUUUGCCACAGUCCUGCUGAAUAAUGUUUUCCUAUCGCUGGCACCAUUCCGGAUACGUGUACUUUUCGGCUAUAUCAUAUCGUUUACCACAUUGAUAUUUGUAGCUGUUUGUGAAGUUGCAUGGCAUAUGUUUGCUGCUAAUACCGCUUAUUCUGUAAACUUGGCUGCAGUUUCGCUAGUUGCUAUUGGUUGUACAGUACAACAAUCAAGCUUUUAUGGAUUUGCUAGCAUGUUGCCAAAACAAUAUACUCAAGCUGUAAUGGCCGGUGAAAGUUUAGCCGGAUUUCUGGUGUCUUCCAAUCGUGUUGUGACCAAAUUACUUAUUCAAAAUGAUCGUGUUUCAACUGUUAUCUUCUUUUUGACAUCAACAAUGUACAUUGCAUUUAGUUAUGUGUUGCACAUUAUGACCAUACAUUCACCAUUUGUCCGAUAUCACAUGAAGGCAUGUGCCAAAAUUGUUUUGAGACCCGAUGAAGAUCGAUUGUUUUAUUCAUACCAGAAUGAUGCACUGGACGGAGAUACAGCUACAGCUAAAUAUGGGGUGCUGACUUUGGAAUCAAGUCCGCCAUCGAUGCAAGCAACUGGAAAUGCACCAACAGCAUUAAGUUUUAGUAAUCCUGUGUAUGAGCUGUCAAAUCCAACAGCUGGUGAAUCUGUCAUUGAGGGUUUGAAUAAUCUACCCGAAGUUCCAACAACUCCCCAAGAGCAACCCAAUGUCGCGUAUAAAGUGGAACACAUUCUCACCCCAGGACAGUGCAAUCCUGGCAAAUUGACAGAUCUCCGAAAUGGCUUCGAUUCACGAUGGAGAGUUGCCCAAGCUAUCUAUCCUUACAUGGUUUGCAUAGCUCUGGCUUAUUGUGUUACUCUCUCGCUCUAUCCCGGUAUCGAGUCGGAAAUAAUUUCCUGCAGCUUGGGAACAUGGUUGCCAGUCUUGCUCAUGUUCACCUUCAAUACAGCGGAUGUUAUUGGAAAAAUCUUGGCCGCUGUGCCAUACACAUGGUCACGCCGGCAAUUAAUCUUGAUGUCUGGCUUGAGAAUUGUCUUGGUGCCCAUGCUCUUACUCUGCUGUGCCCCACGUGCACAUCCAGUUAUUUCUGGUGAAACUGCUGCUUUUAUCUUCACCAUUGGUUUAGGAGUUAGUAACGGUCUUGCAGGAAGUCUUCCAAUGAUGCUUGCACCAGCCAAGGUCCCUGGAACCCUUAAAGAGGUCACAGGAAAUAUGAUGACUCUGUCAUACAAUGUCGGUCUGACAGCUGGCUCACUGAUUGGCUAUGUGUUUGAGUCAAUGUUGGGGGCCCAAUUGACCAAUCCCUGCCCCACAUACCCUUACAUUCCGUCACACAUGAUUAUUGACAAUUCCAAUCUACAUCAUGUCACCACACCCAACAGCACCAUUCUUAUGACCACUCUGGCUCCCACAACUCCAACAACACUAUCAACGUCAACUGCUGUUGCCACCACAAUUGCAACAACUACAACAACUCUUUUGACAACAUUGGCAUCAUCAAUGGCUGCCCUGCCAACCACAAUGGGAACACUAUUCACCACAAUUACAUCUGACAGUGGUCAGAUGGGAGAAGAAACUGUCACAAAACUCAUCCAAACAGCUGUCACAACAACUCUUGCGCCAGAUUCAACGACAGUUUCGACAGAUCGUUUUUAAAUCUCAAACGUCACUAAAGUGACAGACAAAAAUAAAACCAAAACAAAAGAAAUAUGAAAAAUGUAGUGUCUCUGUAGUAAGAGUUUUUUUUUGUAUUUGUUAUGCAGAUUUACACUUUAAGUGGAACAAAAUUGUUAUUUUUUUGUAUGAAAAAAAAGGUAGGAAAUCGACGGACUGAAUAAAAAUAAAAAAAAUAAAAAAA